CCUCCACCCACGUUAGAUCAAUGGUUGAGUACGGGCUCUAGGUAUCCCCCGCCCCUCUUUUGGAGAGAGAGAGAGAGAGAGAGAGAGAGAGAGAGAGAGAGAGAGAGAGAGAGAGAGAGAGAGAGAGAGAGAGAGAGAGAGAGAGAUGUCCGACUCUCUCACUCCACUCCACGCGUUACGCGUCUCUCUCCGUUCUCCUCGGCAGACGGAGCAGACCUCCGUGAAGGCACCGUGGAUUUGAACCCCUUUUCCACCGCACUCAACUGGGAACCCACCGCCGCGUCGUGCAAGGAGUGAUGGAGACUCUGCCGUCAUAGUUUCUGGAACUUAUUUUCUUCUUCAAUAGAGAGGAAAUUAACUAUCUUGCACAUCUGUUUGGAAUUCACAUUUUCUUUUUGGGGAGCCCUAGCCCAACCUGUGUGGGUUAAUUUUUGAGGAGACGAGAGGUUCUUUUUCCUCCUCUUCAUCCGCCUAACCCAACAUCCUGUGGCUCCCGUUGCACAUUUUUUUAAAUUUUAAAGUGGCAAUUAGAUCCCAUAGAGAAUUUUCAACAUUGCGGAAUUUGAGGUUGGGGGUCCCUGCUAUUCAUUGGGGCUCAUCGGGACUGGAUCGGGACACCAUGGAACUGUUUUUUUUAGGAUGUUAUGGAGAUGUUAGCGAGGUGCUGAGGAGGACAGGAGGACUCAACCUGCUGUUGAUCUGCUGCUGUCUCUUAGCUGUUCACAACUCUGCGCAUGCCUCAGAGGCCUCAUCAUCGUCAACAUUAUCAUCGUCAAUUAGCCCUGGAGGUUUCGUAGACUUCGCAUUCACUAAGGAGCCUCAAGACACGGUAACGGUGCGAGGUGGUGUGCUACAGCUUGAUUGCCAGGCACACUCGGACAUGGCGUCCGGAACCCCUACCAUCACAUGGCGGAAGGACGGUGUGCUGCUCAGUUCCCUGGUGGAUGAACGACGGCAGGAGAUGGCCAAUGGAUCGUUGCUCGUCCAAAAUAUAGUGCACACGCGGCACCACCGCCCUGAUGAGGGGGAAUACCAGUGCCUCUCCACACUCGAAGGACUAGGAAGUAUUGUAAGCCGGACUGCGAGAGUCACUGUGGCAGGUCCCCUAAGAGUGGUUGUCCCCACAGAGUCAGUCUCAUCGUACCUCGGCGACACAGCGCUGCUGCGUUGUGAGGUCUCGGGGGAACCAACGCCCGUCAUCCGCUGGCAGAAAAACCGAGACGAUCUGCCAAUGACAUUUGACCCUUCCUCCCGCCUGGCGGUGCUGCCAUCCGGUUCGUUGCAGGUCAGCCGUGUCCAGCCUCCAGACUCAGCCACCUAUCGCUGUCUGGCAGACAACCCUGGCAGCACAAGGACGGGGACAGAUGCUGAGCUGCGGGUUCUCCCAGAGCCCGGUAUAAACCGAAACUUGCAGUUUCUCCAGCGUCCUUUGAGAGUAACCGCUCUGCUCGGUUCUGACGCCGUUCUGGAAUGUUCUGCCACUGGCUACCCCACUCCGAGCAUUCAGUGGCGGAGAGGUGAAGAAGUGAUCCAAACAUGGAAUAAGAAGUAUUCUCUGUUGGCUGGCAGCAAUCUGAUCAUCAGAAGUGUCACCGAUGACGACUCUGGCAGUUUCACCUGCACUGCUGCCAACAAGAACCACAACAUCACUGCAAGUGCAGAACUGAGUGUGCUGGUUCCACCUCAAUUCCUCAACUAUCCAACCAACACUUACGCCUAUGAAUCCACUGACAUUGAGUUGGAGUGUGCCGUGACAGGAAACCCACCACCAACCAUACGCUGGAUGAAGAAUGGCGAGGAGGUUAUCCCCAGUGACUAUUUCCAACUAGUGGAUGGCAGUAACCUGCAGAUUCUUGGUUUGGUCAAGUCAGAUGAAGGAUUUUAUCAGUGCAUUGCAGAGAAUAUCGCCGGCAGCUCUCAGGCCAUGGCUCAACUGUUGCUCCGAGAGCCAGUGUCCCCCAGCCCAGGCGUUGCCCUUCCCUCUGCCCCCCGCGACCUGGUCCCUGUCCUAGUGUCCAGCCGAUUUGUCCGACUCAGCUGGCGACCCCCAGAGGACACCGGAGGAUCUAUACAGACUUACGGUGUUUAUUACUCCAAAGAUGGCAUUGAGAGGGAGAGGUCAGUAAAUGUGUCGGAGCCUGAGUCUUUGGAGCUGAUGGUUUCCAACCUGAAGCCAGAGGAGACUUAUAGCUUCAGAGUCAUUGCUUACAAUGAUGUCGGACCAGGAGAAAGCUCCAGCGCCUUGAGGAUCACAACCAAACCAGACCUCCAGGUACCCAGUAGGAUACAUUCACUACGUGCUGAAGCUCUGUCGCCAACCUCCAUCCAGAUAAAUUGGGAGACCCCCAGUGCUCCAAAUGGACCUAUCUUGGGCUACAGAGUGCUCUGGACAGAGAGCCUCUCAAGCAAGGAACAGAGUGUCGAUGUCAAUGGACUGAACUAUAAGAUGGAGGGACUCAAUAAAUUCACACAGUACACCGUUUCUGUUUUGGCUAUAAACCGUUUUGGACCCGGCACUGCCUCAGAGAACAUCAUUGUCACCACACAAUCGGAUGUACCCAGUGCACCUCCCCAGAACAUCACCUUAGAAGUUGUGCUUUCCAGGAGCAUUAAAGUAUCAUGGCAGCCACCUCCACGCAACGCACAAAAUGGCAUCAUCAGCGCUUACAAGAUCAAAUACAGGAAGACUGGUCGCCGUGGAGACCAGGAAGCCAUUGAACCAAACAACCUUUGGUAUCUUUUCACAGGUCUGGAUAAGGGCAGUCAGUACAGUUUCCAGAUCGCAGCCAUGACGACAAAUGGAACAGGUCCACCCAGUGAGUGGUAUACAGCUGAGACACCCGAGAAUGAUUUAGAUGAGAGUCAGGUUCCAGACCAGCCCAGCUCUCUGCAUGUUAGGCCGCUUCCCAACAGCAUCAUCAUGUCAUGGACUCCUCCCCUCAGUCCCAGCAUUCUGGUCCGUGGUUACAUCAUCGGCUAUGGGGUGGGAAGUCCCUAUGCGGAGACGGUUCGAGUGGACAGCAAGCAGAGAUAUUACUCCAUUGAAAACUUAGAGCCAAGCUCACACUAUGUGAUUUCCCUGAAGGCCUUCAAUAAUGCUGGCGAAGGAGUUCCUCUGUAUGAGAGUGCUGUCACUCGAUCCCUGACAGACCCCAUUGACCCAUCUGAGGAUGACCUUUUCCAUCUCUUUGAUAAAUACCCCACCCCCAUGCCAGACACCAGCACGCCCAUGAUACCCCCUGUUGGGGUCCAAGCUGUGGCUCUUUCCUCGGAUUCAGUCCGUGUUUCAUGGGCCGACAAUUCCAUGACCAAGAAUCAAAAAUCAUCUGAGGUCCGCUACUACUCUGUCAAAUGGAAGACCAGCUACUCCACCAGCGGCAAGUAUAAGUCUGCAGACACCACCGCCCUCAGCCAUACAGUCACGAGCCUCAAACCAAACACUAUGUACGAGUUUGCUGUAAUGGUGACGAAAGGUCGGAAAUCCAGUACUUGGAGUAUGACAGCACAUGCCACCACCUAUGAAGCAGCUCCGAGCUCUGCUCCCAAAGACUUGACAGUGAUCAGUCGGGAGGGGAGGCCCCGAGCCAUUUUAAUCAGCUGGCAACCACCGAUGGAGGCAAAUGGGCGGAUCACAGGUUAUAUCCUGUACUAUACCCUCGACAAAAACAUGCCAAUUGAUGACUGGGUAAUGGAAACAAUCAGUGGCGAUCGACUGACUCAUCAGGUCGUUGAUCUAAACCUUGACACAGUGUACUACUUCCGGAUCCAAGCUAAGAACGCCAAAGGAGUUGGUCCAUUGUCCGAACCGCUCCACUUUAGGACAGCCAAAGUGGAGCAUCCAGACAAGAUGGCAAAUGAUCAAGGUAGAGGAGGAGACCACUCCUACUGGCCAUCUGAUAGCAACCUAAUUGACAGGAGCAGCAUAAAUGAGUCUCCCAUUGGUCAAAUGCAUCCACCAUACGGCAGUGCUACCCCGCAAAAUAACAGUAAUCUUUUGGUCAUCAUUGUGGUUUCUGUGGGAGCCAUCACUGUGGUCGUAGUGGUUAUUGUGGCCCUCAUCUGUACACGACGCUCCUCCGCCCAACAGCGCAAGAAAAGAGCAAGCCAUAGCGCCAAUAAGAGGAAGGGAAGUCAGAAGGAUCUACGACCUCCUGACCUCUGGAUCCAUCAUGAGGAGAUGGAGAUGAAGAACAUUGAGAAAGCUCCCAGUGUGGCCGCGUCUGGGCACGAUUCUCCCAUCCAGUCAUGCCAGGACCUUCCCCAGGUUGCCCACAGCCAAUCAGAGAGCCAGAUGGGCAGCAAGAGUAGCCACUCAGGAGCAGACGGAGAUGAAGCAUCAAGCUGUAUUUCUACUCUGGAAAGAUCCUUGGCUGCCAGGAGAGGAACACGAGGCAAAAUGAUGAUUCCUAUGGAUUCCCAACCAAGCAACACACCGGUGGUCAGUGCCAUUCCAGUGCCAUCUCUUGAUUCCUCUCAGUAUCCCGGCAUACUUCCUUCCCCUUCAUGCAGCUUCACGCACACCAAAUUCAGUUUAAGACCGAUGCCAUUUCCCAGCUUGACUGUGGACAGAGGAUACACACAAGUCAUAUCCACAGAUGCUUCCACCAAUCCCCUUCUGCAGCAGCAGUCUCCACCACAACAGCCUCCUCCCCUUCUCCCUGGCUCCUCUGUGAGCUCUGGAGAGCAUGUACCAGGUAUUGGCCCGGUUCCUGGGGCCCCUGCUGCCGCUACCGCUGUUGCAUCUGAGGAUUCUCAAGCAGGUGCAAGUCGUACUAUACCAACUGCAUGUGUGCGACCAACUCACCCGCUUAGAAGCUUCACAAAUCCUCUGCUGCCACCUCCAAUGAGCACCAUUGACCCAAAGGUCUACACCUCCAUGCUGCCACAGUCCACUGGAAGUCUUCCAAGGCCUCAGGUGAAGACAGCUUCUUUGGGUCAGGCGGGUAAAGCUCGAUCACCACUGCUUCCCGUCUCAGUUCCGACAGCGCCCGACAUACCGGAAGAAGGAGGAACAAAACCCACAGAGGAUUCAGCUGCCAAUGUGUACGAGCAGGACGACCUUUCGGAGCAGAUGGCUAGUUUAGAAGGGCUGAUGAAGCAGCUAAAUGCCAUUACCGGCUCGGCCUUCUAAACCCUCCCUUUUAAACCCUCGUCCCCCAGAGCAGGAACACUUCUUCAAGCUUUGAUGUGUGUUCACAAACAGCUGCAGCAUCUGAGUUUGAAGAUGCCACUGGGGACUUACACUUUGGUUUGUACUGGGUUAAACCACAUCAGACAUCAUCAACUCCAGGAACAAGACAGUGGUGGAGGGGCUUCCUCAGUGGGUUCAAGCUGCUUUGGAUCUUCCGAGCUGAAACUACAAAACUAGGAAACCCCGAUGCCUACCACCUUGACUUAAUGAAACAAAGGGAAGGAUUAUACAAUUCUAAGAUCUUUACUUCUUCUCUUCUUUGUGGUAUUUAUUAGCUCCUCACUAUUCUCCUCUGCUGAGUUCUCUGCAAUCAGUUACUGUGACUGUACCUCAAUUAUUUUUCAUGAUUGCCAUUGGCAGCAUUUUCCUUUUUUUUUUCUCCUAACAGCAAUGUGAAUAUGGUUUGCCACACAGAACAUUCAGUGUGAAAUAGACAUUGUCUUUCAAGUUUCAUUAAAACUUUUUGCUUUUUUGGGCUUUUACCCUACCUCUUGGAAGUCCUCCGACAUUAUUGGGAUGUUUUCCAUCAGUCUUGCUUUCAUCCGAACAAACUCCUUCCAAAUGCGAAUCACUUUUCCUUUUUUUAAAUAUUGGAACUCUGGCUGGACUCUUAUGCGUCGGGGAGAUAUUGCCAAAUCAUCUGUAGACUUCACAUCUAUCACUGCUCUUGACCAAGCUUUUAGUCCCGCAAGAUCUGACAAACUCUGUAAACGGGAUUGAAAGGAUAGGUGUUGUUGCCAAAAAAGGGAACCUCCUGGCAGCCUUCCUUUAAAAUUCAAGGCUGGCAUUUUCACUGACAGUUUUAUACUGACCAUUGCUGAAACACAGUAAGACUAUCAAGAUGGAUGAAGUUGUACAAUACUUGGUGUUCAUCUCAAUUUCGACAAACGCAAGUCUGUCAGUUGAAUGUUCUUCUGUGGUGAUUGGGCCUAAAGUUUAUUGCAAACAAUAGCGAUGAGAGUGAAUAUGAUAACUGUUUUUAUUUUUUUACUUUUUUAGUACAUAUUCAGUGGGAGUCUUCUUAAUAAGUUACUCUUUAUUUUGAAUGCCAUUAACAAUGUACCACAUUCAGUCUUGAGUCCCCACAUGGUCACAACUUCACUUUCAGUACACCUCAAAAGAGCCAGGUUUUUAUACAGAAUUAAAACAAAACAAAUAUAAAUACCAAUAUGAAAUAAUUGAUAUUUCACUAAGUGUAUUUUUCAUAGUUUCCGUUGCGUUUGACACAUUACAAGCUUCUUAGUCAUGACUCAGAAGGGAAAUGAAUAAGGGAAAUUGUUGAUACCAAUUUGUUAAUGCAAGCAUUUGUGGAUGACACUUGCUCAUCCAAUCGACAGUAUUUUGGUUUUAGUAUGACCUUUAGGAGAGUAGAACACAUCCAGCCUUUAGUACCUUUGAACUGCUUUGUAUUGACAGCAAAAAUGAAAUGUGUCCAAUUAAAUGGGUCAUUAGCAGAGGCUUUGUUUACUGUUGCGACUGAGGAGAUUCAUUUGUGAAGUUCUACAAGAAAAAACACAGAAGCGAGAUUUUUGCCACAAUGGUUAAAAUUCUGCCAUUUUUCAAAACAUGAAAUAAUCUUUUGAUUAGCACGCUAGUUUAGAGCUCGAGUGUGUGAUAAAGCAACUUGAGAAGGAGAAUAUUUUUUGUGGGUUUGCAGAAAGGAGCGGGGGAAAAAAAAGCUCUUUCAACUUAAAAUGACAAGUCAUUCAUUAAUCAGGUGAGGUGAAGACAACAAGCCAUCAGUAUGCUUCAUAUUUGACUGUGUCACCCUAUUCUCCAUAUUGUAAUUUACAGACCUUUAUCUCAGUGUGAUGAAAAAGGAGAAUCCUGUGGGAGGCUGAGCGCGCUCAGGCAGAGGAGCCACAUUGAUAUUCAGGGAUGGCUUGCAUGUGUGAGCAGGGCACAGAGGAACGAGGCAGCGAAUUCAUUAUAAAGACGUUGCAAACAUUAUGAUUCAAGCUCACGCUCACUGGGCCGUUACAGCGGCAGGGAAAAGUCCCAGGGACAGAGGCGAUAGAAAGGUAACAUCUCUGCUGAAUGGAUGCAGAGAUGAAAGGUUACAGAGGGCAGGCAUGCAGGCAGUGUGGGGAUCAAACUCAUCAACCUGCUCUGGGAGAUGAAUCCACCGUGAGCUAAGAGCUUACAUUCUCCUCCGAGUCAUACUCCUCUUCCUCUUCAGACCGACAACAGUGCAGGAAACUAAUAAUUAAAAAGAAAAAUGCAGUAUGAAGGUAUUGACAAAAAGUGGGCAAUUGUCUGGUAGAUUUAUUAACGUUGUUAUUUGGGUCUAUUUUUUUUUUUUAAGUUCGUAAAUUUCCAGUCAGGGAACAUUUGGUGUAAAGAUCAACGUGUCGAGUGUUCACAUUUCCCGAUAUGAGUGCACAAUAUGUGUUAACAUUAAAGAUAAAUGUCCAAAAAUGUUCAACAUUACAUGCCAGUAAAUAGCAAUUUACAAAAAAUUGCAACACAGUACAUCUACAAGUUGAUCGCAUAAAUAAAAAAGUCUUCUUGAUGCUUGUAAAUCCAGGACACGUUGAAAGUAUUCACCCAAUAAUUAAAAGUUACCAGAAGCAAACAAAUCCCCGUUACAUGGAAUGUGUCAAUUACCUCUUUCUGUUGCGUUUUUACAAGAUACUCCGACUCUUAAGUGUUCAGGAUCUGAUAGUGUUGUUGCUUCCUUUCACCUGAUUGACUGCAAAAACUGUGGGAUUUUUUUUUUAAUAAUAAUUAUUGUUAAAGAGCAAUAGCUCAGUGUACCCCAGCGAAAGUUGCCUUUUUACUAAAAUAAUAUCUUUUCUAAUAUAUCUUUAUUAUUUCAAGCCCAGAAUCUUAACGCAUAUUACAUGAAGUAUUGUGUGUCAGCUCUACUAAAAUGAAUUUUGAACCUCGUGCCAAAAGUUUUACAUUCAUGUUAUCGAUUGCUGAUUUACAUCAGAAUAAAGAUAAUAAACAUGAGAUUCCAUAACCCACAACCUGCAGAAUGCAUAGUUUACCUGAUCCUGCAGCAUUUCAACGAGUGUUAUCUUUAAUGAGUAAAAAAAAAAAGAAAAGAAAAAAAACAUUGCUUUGGUAAGAUAGUUUUUUUGAUUUCGUUGAAAUCUUUUUGCUGGGGAGUUUAUCUCUUACUUUUGAAACGCAGCACAAAAGGAACAUACUGUAGGCUAUAUUUUGACAACAAUAGAACCUGCACACAGAAUGACUGUAAAUUCUCUGUCAGAAGGUUUUCAUUGAAGUGAACGUGAAGAGUCCAAAGGGAAGAGAAGCCGAACUAAAAGCUGACAGGACAGUUAAGGAUUGGGAAAACACUGCUCCUUUUAAAAUGUUGGAUUAAAAACAACCCAACUUAGGUUAAAAAUUGGACCGACCCAGAAAGUUGGGUCAAUUUGAUCUGCCCUGGGUUGCUUUUCACAAAACAACAUUUUUUUUUGUGCUAAACAACCCGGUAAAUUGACCCAACCUCCUUAAUCGGGCUAAUUUUUGCCCAGUGGUUUUAAGAGAGCAGUAAAUUUUUAACCAAUGAGGGGGGAAAAAGCUAGUUGUAGUGAUGGCAGACAUAAAAUGGAACAAAAAUAAUAUUAAUAAAUGGCCCAGAAUAAUUCCGAAUGACAAUGUCAUAAGAUUCUGUAGUUAUUUUGGGAAGAUAUUUUUUUUCUGUGUUGCUGACAUUGAACACCUUGUCUGUUUCAUAAAUAGGAAGGCUUCCCUUUAUCAGUCAUAAAUUAAGAUUGACUCUUCUUUUUUUUUGGUCACUUAUUUGUGUAUUUGACUGUAGAGAAAUAUGUUGCUGCAGCAGAAAUACAGUACAGGCCGCUGCUGGUUAUUUUUUUAUUUUUACUGUGUAUAGCGCCACUAGAGUAGCAGUAACUUUUUUAUAAUCAAAUUUAAUAUAUUAUUAUUGUUAUUUGUAUCCUUUACUUUAUUAUGAGCGAUCAUUAAAAUGUUUAUUUAUAACCAUGUGCUAUUUCUGCCGAUGUACAUUUUGUUUAGUAAAAAGAAAAAAAAUAUGCACUUUGGAGUUUUAUUUAUUUCUGUUUGUUUAUUGCUUUAAAAGGUGUCUAAUGUUAAGAACAGUAUUAAGUUACAAAAUAGUUUGCUUCCCUUAUGAGGACACACAGUCACCACUAUUUUUUUUUAUUUCAGUCUAAACUUUGUAGAUUGAGGUUCACAUCUAUGCAGUCAUCCCUUAUAACAAUAAACUAUGUAUUGAUAAUGACAUACCCUGACCAGUGUGACUCCUGAAGUGAUGUUUUGUUACUUAUAUCGAAUACCUCAUCUAAUAUUUUAUACUAGGGGG